CUCCCAGUCUGUUUCUCCCAGGCCCCAAUGCGACACGGUUUCUAUUAAAGCCCUCUAAAGUUGUGAAUGGUCACCAGUCCUCUGGUAGUUGCAUGUGCGCCCAGAUCAUGCUUUAUGUCGGUGGGCCUGAACUUCGUCACUCAGCUGUUUUGGGUGGGGGAGAUAAAGGGGCGCUGAUAUAAUGGCCCCGUUCUCUCUGCACGCACAUCCAUUGUGCUAACCCGCUUGGAAACGCUCCACCAUGGAGUGGCUUUUCAUUGCCGUGGCAACCUGCUUGCUAGCCCUCUGUCCUGUCAAAGGUAAGUGCUAGAAGCAUCCAGAGCUGGGAAGACGAGCUGGAGCGUAGGGUCCACGUUACAUGUGUGAGAUUCAUCUGGGAUGAAAGAACGAGAUGUUUGUGUGGACCUGUGUUGAAGGCCUCGGUGCUAGCCAAUAGAGGCCGGACUGUCAUAUUUUGAUCUUUUAAGUCUAAAAUGCUCAUGGAUCUUACUGUUUUCCCAAAGGUGAUGAGUGGAGACUGGAAUAUGAGGAAGGACUCAGUCACUACAGCGAGGAAGCGCUUAGAAAGGAGUUUCCCGAGAAGACCAGGCCAAUCAGUUUCAAGCACCCACCUUUCAUGUGUCCUGACAUGAGCCCCUCCUCUUCUGUGCCCACCUCAGUUGAGCUGGUAAAGCCAGCGGAUAUUAAAGUGAUUGCUGCCCUUGGGGAUUCACUGACAACAGCCAUUGGUGCAAAUGCAACAACUGUUCUUGGCAUACCUAUUGAAUUCCGUCACGUGUCUUGGAGCAUUGGUGGCUAUGGAUCCUUUCAAGAUGUCAUUACACUGGCAAAUAUCAUUCGACUCUUCAACCCCAUCUUAGUCGGACCUGCCCCAGCUAAGACGGUCCAUGGGACUCCGGCUCCCCUCUGCGAGACUGGAUUUAACCUGGCUGUAACUGGACACAACACCUUUAAUCUUCCUGAACAAGUCAGACAUUUGAUUGACACUUUGAAAACGUAUGAGGAUAUUGACUUUGAUGAGGACUGGAAACUGUUGACCAUUCUAAUUGGGAUGAAUGACAUCUGUGAUUACUGCAAAGACAAGUCCCUGUUUUCAGUGGAGAACUUUGUCCAUUACAUGACUGUGUCCUUGGAAAUGCUGAUGAAUGAGGUUCCUCGAAUGAUAGUGAACGUGGUCCAGAUCCUGCCGAUGGAGACCCUGAGGGAAGUACAGAAGCCUACGCCAGGAUGUCUGCUCCAAAGGUCAUUCUGUUCCUGUCUGGUGAAGCCUGCUGCGGGAUCUGCUGAUCUGAAGGAGCUGGUUGGAGUCAACCUAGAAUUCCAGAAAGCACUGGAGCAGCUCUUGCACACUGACCGUUUCUUUAAGAAUGACUUCGCUGUAGUUUUGCAGCCAUUCCUGAAACAAGCAGAUCCUCCGAGACUCCCUAAUGGGAAGAUUGACAUGAGCUUUUUUACUCCGGAUUGUUUCCACUUCACCAUGAAAGGACAUGAGGAGUUAGCCAAGGGACUGUGGAACAACAUGUUUCAACCUGAGGGGGAGAAGUUCAUGGUGCAGAGCUUUUCUAACCCUAUUGAGCUCAUUUGCCCCCCUGUGAGUCAUCCGUACAUUUACACCAGACCCAGUGCUGCAAAGUCAGGCCCAUCGCUUCCUGAGAUGCCCCAGUCAGCUGGCAUCAGACUAACUGUUCUCCACCUCAUCUUGGCUUUCCUUCCACUGUGGUUGGCUGUUAAUCUGGCCUCCUUGUAGGACAUCCAUAUGGAGUAUCGUGGUACAUCAUGUCUGCCCACCCGAUGUUCUACUUGGGCUGGAUAUCAAUGCUUUCAACCAUUGAGGAUCUAUUCUGAGACCUGAGCCACUGCAGGACGAUCUAUGAUAAAGCGGAAAAUGAGGGAGUAAAAGAUAAAUAACACGUUAUCAGUCUAAAAUAUGGCAAAAUAUGAAGACUUGGUUAGAGUCAAUAUCAUAUUUAAUUGCUCUGUAGAGUUUAUGCAAUGGAAAUGGGAAUGUUGAAACCUCAGAAUAGAAAAAUAUACGCUAAUGUGAUGACCUUUUCUGAUAUACCCAACCAAAAUAGCACAAGAGCAGGUGCAAAGCCACUUUUAGCUCUGCGUAAUGCUGCUAUAAUUAAUUUAGGUACGGAAGGUAACUGUGUAAGCUAAUUCCGGAUGGUUUGAAUAAAAACGGCCAGAGGUUAUAUUGUAAACUCAUUAAGCCUGUGUCGAUAAAGGAAUUGAAUGUUGACGGAGAACAACUGUUUUGCUUCUGAGAACAUGGUGCAAAGUAAAUCUUAAUGCCCACAGUAAUGAGAUAAUUGCUUUGGAUGCUGCAACAUGAGAAGUGCUUAUGGUCUUCUCAAAUAAAGCUUUCAGAAGGGAUGCUUACCUGUUUUCCUUCCUUUUUAUGCAUUGAAAGUAUGUUUUUCUAUACAGCUGAAGGUUAUUCGUGGUUUGUUGAAUGAAUUCCUCCAUUACCAAUCAAAGAUCUCAUAUUUAUAGUUGUUAACGAAAAAAGUAGGCCUAUUUAAAAUGGUUAU